CAAGACCAGCGAGGACAUCGUCAUCGAAGUCUUCAAGUUGGUGCGGGAGCAGACAGGCUCGCCGGUGCAGGUGGGGGUGGAUGUGGUGUUGCCCGCCAGUGCAGUGGUCUCACCAAAGGCAGACCAAGCAGUGAAGACUGCGCAGAGUGUGCUGUUGGGAACGGCAAGCUCAGUCCCAAUUUCCACCGGAAUCCACGUCCACCAGCUCGUCAAGGAUGUGAAGUGGCUUUGUGCUGACGCGAGGGUGGCUUCGGCAGUCAUAGCAUCCAGCGAGGUUUUGGAGCUUCUGAGUGUGAAUGAGCCAAGGCUUGCGAAGCUGAUGGCAGAGGAAAUGCCACUCGAGAAAGCCAAGGAGUACCUCCAGCACAUCCACGCCAAGGGCUACACGGAAGAGAUGCUCAAGAACAUCCCGCGAACCUUCGAGAGCCUUCAACAGUUCAAGAUAGCACAGGACAAAGAUGCAUUUUGCAAGAAGGAGAUGGAGGAGUGGAUGAUGAAAGUUCUCUACAGCAAAGCGCUUGUUGGAGCAGUCGACUACAGGGACAUUCGCCAGCACUGCAAAGAUGUGCAGAACUUCAUGGCGAAUUUCGUGAGACCCAACCUCUUCACCCCCACAGGUGCGAAGUACAAGUUCCAAUUCGAUUGUGUAGCCGAGGCAGCGAAGACUGUGUUCGGCCUGUAG